AUGUUAGGUUUGAUUGACAACUCUAAAUCAGAGGUUCUCAAACUUUCGGGCUCAGGGACCCCUAACAGGAUGGACAGGAGCUUUAAAUUCAAGCUGCUGAUGCCCCCCAGAGCCAGCAACGGUCAGGUAAACGCAGUUCGACCUCAGGAAAUAGCUGAAAACUCUGGUGAUUUUCUGAAUACCACACAUCCGGGUUAUAAUUUAUGCCACAACAAAGAGCAGAUCAUGCCUUUUGUCAAUAAAAGUGUGGUUGCACCAUCUAAACCAUCCAUACAAGACUUCCCUAAGAUGAAAGCUUUGUCACCACUGGAAAAGGAAGUGAAUAAUUGCAAUCCCGGUGAGCUUUAUACCAAGCUGUUUGAUGAAGUAGAAAAGAUAAAGUGCUGGAAGUUCAAAGUUGACACUGACACAGUCCAGAAAGAAAGAAGUCUCCAAGAUAAUAAAAGAACAAUUGAAACUCAACGCCAAGCCAUUCAGGAAUUGCAGUUUGGCAAUGAAAGUCUUAGCAUAAAGCUGGAAGAGCAAAUAAGUGAAAAUGAAGAUCUAAGAAACAAAAACAAUGCAACAAGGAACUUGUGUAAUAUUCUCAAAGAAACCUUUCAGUGGUCCACUGACAAAAUGCAUUUAUUUGAAUCUGAAAGAGAAGAAACUCAUCGCCUCUACAUGGAAAAUAGUGAACGGAUUCAGAAAUUAAUUGAAGAAUUUGAGAGCCUUCGGAUUCGAGUAGAAGCUGAUCAACAAGAGAUGCAAAAAGUCAAAGAGGGCUUGCUGGAGUUUGAAGACCUGAAAGAAACAUACAAACAAGAGCAUGCUAUGAAAAAUGAAGAGAUUACGAAGCUUCAAACAAAAGUUAAGGAUAAGAAGGAGGAGCUACACAAAGUCCUGUUUGACCUCAAUGAAGCUCAGAAGAACUGUGGGCAGCUUCAAGACUUAACAAAUCAACAAGUAGAACUCCUCACAAGCUUGAGAGCUGAAAAAGAAUCCCUUCUUCAAAAACUGUACACUGCUGAGCAGCACUGUGCAGAAACUGAGAAAACACAGGAAACUAUUGCUGCAGCCAUGGAACAAAGUAAAAGGGAAUAUGAGGAGAUCGUUCAAAGCAAAGAUCUCAACAUGCUGGAGCUCAGCAGAGCAAAGAUUCAGCUGGCAGAGAAACUAGAGAAGACUGAAACAGUUCUUCAAGAGCUAAAGAACUCCCAUGCUCUAGGGACACAGAGUGCCAUGGAUCUUAAAGCUCAACUAAUGACAAACAGCGAUGAACUUGAAAAGAGAACUAAACUUUUAGAAGAGAUCAAGGAACAGACGGCAAAGCAAAGUGAAAAUAUCAAAAUCCUUGAAGACAAAUUGGACACCAGAUCAAAAGCUAUUGAGUCUUUUAAGAGCAAGCUUGAUGUCUAUCAGGUUAGAAUCACAGAACUUGUUGCUGAGCUUUCAGAGAAAACUGAAGAGAUUGAGAUGUUUAAGAUCAAAACACAGGAGCUUGAAGGACAGUUUUCUGCUGAAAUAAAGAAAAAUAAAAAAUUCACCUCUGAGAUGGAGCAACUAAAGAGAGACAUCUUGCAGCAUGAAGUCAAAUAUGAAGAGCUACUGGUCAAUUUUGGCAAGAUUCAGUCUGAGAAGACAUUCGGUCAACAGGAGUUCAGCGGAGAAAUUCAAAGACUGGAAGACGAAAACCAAUGCUUAAGAAACGAUGUCAAGAGCAUUAAAAGCAAAAUCCAAGGAAAAUGUCAAGAAAUUGAAAUUGUGCAGAAACAAAUUGAAGUAAAGUGUGAGGAUUUGCUGGAGAAAAUCACACAAAAAGAGAAACAGAUAAAAUCUGUUGAAGCAAAGCUUUGCAAUCUCAGGAAGAAAUUUGAAAAUAAAUUUCAAGUGCAAGAGGAGUACAAGAAAGAGAAUAAACUGCUUAAAAAACAAAUCACAAAGGAGACGGCUAAAUCCAGUCAUCUGGAAGUACUGAUCGACAAGCUUCAGGAGGAGUCACAGAACCUGAAGAAACGAAAAGAUGAAGAAUGUCAAAAAUUGCUUAAAGAUCUUGAUUCUAAAUCAACUUCAACAGCAAACCUUGAAAAUGAGAUUCAAAAGCUCAGAUUAACAGUAGCAGAAUCCAUUAGGAACAAGGAAGAUGCAGAAAUCAAGUGUCAGCACAAGAUAGCAGAUAUGGUUGCACUGAUGGAAAAACAUAAAAGCCAAUAUGAUCGUAUGGUUGAAGAGAAGGAUGCAGAGCUUAAUGAAAACAAGAACAAAGAGAUGGAGGCAGUUGCCAAUGCAAAAUCAAUGGAGGUGGACCUGUUAAAACAGAAAACAGAAAAUGAACAGUUGAGGAAGCAGUUAAAGACCGAGGCAACAGAGAAGGAAACUCUACAGAAAGAACUCACUGAUUUGAAGAAUGAAUUAACUACUGCUAAAAUGAAACAGUUGUCCCAAGCUAGGAGCAAGCAGUCACCUGCCUCAAAUUAUAUGUGGGGAAAAGGUCCCGAAACUCUUGAGAAAUACAAGUUUGACUUCCAGACCAGAAAACCCAACAACAGCAGCAGUGCUGAGAGCACUGCAAUAAGUAGGAAAGCUAUGUCUGCCACGAGCCGGAUCUCAACACCAUGUAAAACAACAAAAAAGACAAAGCACAUCCUCAGUGGAAGUAUAAAAACACCGGGAGGUGAUACUAACAAGCUCAGUGGAACAUCAAAGAUCAAAUCCUACAGAAUAAAGACUCCCCCCUCUACUGAAAAGGUGUCAGGAUGUUGGGGAAAGCAUGUCAUUGAGCUUGACCCCAAGUCUGACAGUUCUGAUCAUAUUGAUCUCUUGACCCGUUCAGAAACACCAGCACUAGCUCUUUCUGUUCCGCAGUGCAAAUUAAACCUCCUCAAAAAGAUUCAAAGCCCAAUCUCUCUUUAUUCACCUGGGACCUCUUCAAAGAUGGCUGCAAUAAAGAGAAUCAGAGACGCCGGCUGGACUGCUGUGACUGGUUGUGACAAAAAGAAGAAAAAAAACGACGAGAAGAUAUUUGCCUGA